CCUCGACAUAUCCUGAAUGUUCAUCAGGCGGUCACGCUCACUGUUGGCUUGAAACCUUUUGACGAUUAUCUGCGAGGAGCGUUAUCGAUACACCAGCUAUGUUCAGAAAACCAAUCAGGUCUCACGCUACAACCAUGGCAGUCAGAGAACUGGAAUGACAGUGUUUCUAUGCAAUUCUCUAAUCGAUUCUUCACCUCUAAAAGAAAUCUGCAUAAUGGCCCAACUCUAUCACUGCCUGUCAACGUCGACCCAUUCAGUAUCUCUAUGUGCCAUCAAGGUCAGGACUGUUUGCACCUGCAAGACAAUCAAGUGGGGUAUUAUGAGCGAUGCAUUCAUCACAGAGGUAUCGCAAAGAUAUCUCACAUAAAUCUGUCAUCAAUACAGCUGGGACAUCUAGUCAAACUGCAAGUAUCGUACUGGAUGAUACGCACUGGCAAAGAUACGCUUAGGCUCAUCAGCAAGCUGGUAUCAAUCUGCAUAAUAGAUAGAUGUGUUGAA